AUGGCUCCUCCCUCCGACCGCGAUAUAUUGCCCGAUACCAUCAAACCGACCAACUAUGACCUAUCUCUCUACAAUCUACAGUUUGGUGGGAACUGGGGAUACGAUGGUACCGUCAAGAUUGACUCUAAGGUCAAGCAAGACACUCAAGAGCUGGUUUUGAACACCAAAGAGCUGGAAAUCACGGGUGCCGAUGUGCUGGACAACAAUGGCUCGUCAAUCACUUCACUGGCCGAUGUCUCGUACGACAAGACAAGCGAGCGUGCGACAAUCAAGUUCUCAGGAAAGAUCCCCUCUGGCGAUGCUUCCAUUGCUAUCAAAUUCAAGGGCAUCAUGAACAGUGCCAUGGAAGGCUUCUAUCGCUCCAAAUACAAGCCCGCGGUCACACCUGCUGCUGGCACCCCGAAAGACGGUGAACAUCAUUACAUGUUCAGUACUCAAUUUGAAGCGUGCGCUGCUCGCAGGGCCUUCCCUUGUUUCGACGAACCCAACCUUAAAGCCUCCUUUGAGUUUGAGGUCGAGAUUCCGGAAGACCUGGUUGCGAUAAGCAACAUGCCGGAGAAAGGCACAACCAAGGGAAGCAAGGACGGCUUGAAGAAGGUUUCUUUUGAGAAGUCACCUGCCAUGAGCACUUAUCUGGCAGCGUGGGCGAUUGGCGACUUUGAAUAUGUCGAGGCCUUCACCGAGCGCAAGUACAAUGGUAAGCCUCUGCCAGUCAGGGUGUACACUACCCGCGGUCUCAAAGAGCAGGGCCACUUUGCUCUGGAGCACGCUCACAAGACGCUCGACUAUUUCUCGGAUGUCUUCGGCAUCGAAUACCCUCUGCCAAAGUCCGAUCUUCUAGCAGUCCACGAGUUCGCAAUGGGUGCAAUGGAGAAUUGGGGCUUGGUCACUUAUCGAACAACGGCUGUCCUGUAUGACGAGGAGAAGUCGGAUGCCCGCUUCAAAAAUAGAGUCGCGUAUGUCGUAGCUCAUGAGCUUGCUCACCAGUGGUUCGGAAACCUGGUCACCAUGGACUGGUGGAACGAACUCUGGCUAAAUGAAGGGUUUGCCACCUGGGUGGGCUGGCUCGCGGUAGAUCAUCUCCAUCCCGAAUGGAAGGUCUGGAGUCAGUUUGUGGCUGAAUCUGUGCAAUCAGCUCUCGAACUCGACUCCCUCCGAGCUUCGCAUCCUAUCGAAGUCCCCGUCCGCAAUGCGCUCGAAGUCGACCAGAUCUUUGAUCACAUAUCCUACCUCAAGGGAAGCUCCGUUAUCAGGAUGUUGAGCGAUCAUAUCGGCCAAGAAAUAUUCCUGAAGGGCGUUGGUGACUAUCUCAAGAUCCACGCAUAUGGCAACGCCAGGACGAACGACCUGUGGGCAGCUCUUAGUGCAGCCUCUGGUCAAGAUGUGCAAGCAUUCAUGGAUCCGUGGAUUCGCAAGAUCGGCUUCCCAGUCGUGACUGUCGCCGAGGAACCUGGUCAAAUCUCCAUCCGCCAGUCGAGAUUCUUGACAACUGGAGAUGUCAAGCCUGAGGAAGACGAAACUACCUGGUGGAUCCCUGUUGGUCUGAAGACUGGAACACCUACAAAGGUUAUCCACAGCGCCUUGACGCAAAAGGAGGAUACCGUCCGAGACGUCGACGACGCCUUCUACAAGAUCAACGCUGAUCAGAGUGGCUUCUAUCGCACCAAUUAUCCGCCUCAACGGUUAGCUAAGCUUGGGGAGGCCCAGGAACAUCUCUCAAUAGAAGACAAGAUUGGUCUGCUGGGUGACGCCACCGCGUUGGCGAUUUCCGGCAAUGGCACAACGGCUGCUCUGCUUUCACUGUUAGAGGGCUUCAAAGACGAGAGAAGCUUCAUUGUCUGGCAGCAGAUCACCAGCUGCCUGGCAACGGUGAAGCGGGUCUUUGCGGGCAAUAAAGAGAUCUCCGACGCGCUGAAGAAGUUCACCCUAAGAUUGGUCUCGCCUGCUGCGGAAGCAAUUGGCUGGGACUUCCCUAAGGACGAAGAUUAUCUUACCGGUCAAUCGCGCAAACUUCUGCUUGGUACCGCGGCCGCAGCUGGUCAUCAGGCCAUCGUUUCUGAAGGUCAGAAGAAGUUCGCGGCUUGGAAAUCGGGUGACGAGAAGGCCAUCCACCAAAACCUCCGCGGCGUCAUCUUCAACCUGGCAGUUGCGAAUGGUGGCAAAGAAGAAUAUGACACCAUCAAAGCAGAAUUCAAAAAGACCACCUCCGUGGACGGCAAAGAAAUCUGUAUUCAAGCCCUGGGACGUUCGAAAGACCCGAACCGUGCGUGGGAUUUGCUCGACUUCGUCACUUCAGACGAAGUACCUGCGCAAGAUGCACACGGCGGUGUCAUUGCUGUAUCCAACAACAACGAUACCCGCUUCGUCGUCUGGGAAUACACCAAGCAAAAGUGGGACCGGGUAUUUGAGCGGUUGAGCGUGACGAGCGUUAUCAUUGAUCGAUGGAUCAAGAUGGGGUUGCCCAAAUAUUCGGAUCUGGAGGUAAGAGACCAGAUUGACGAGUUCUUCAAGGACAAGAAGACAGGCCAAUUUUCGAGGAGCUUGGUAAUUGUGCACGACACCAUUACGGGGAACGCGCGUUACAAGGAGAGGGAUGAGCUACAACUGUUGGAGUGGCUGAAGGCACAUGGUUACGCUUCAUAG